GCCCCCACCGAGACCUGCACCGCGGGGCGCCAGCUCGGACCCCGCCGCUCCCCAUUCCCCCGGCGUCCUGGCGCAUCGGCUAGAGGCGGAGCCAGAGCCGGAGCUUGGGCUGUGGGCUCCAGGUGCUAUCUGGGGAGGAUGAAGCAGGCCCUGGUGGACGAUACUGAGGAUGUGUCCCUGGACUUUGGUAAUGAAGAGGAGCUGGCCUUUCGGAAAGCCAAGAUCAGGCACCCGCUGGCCACCUUUUUCCACCUGUUUUUCCGGGUGAGUGCCAUUGUCACCUAUGUGUGCUGCGACUGGUUCAGCAGAAGCUUUGUGGGCUGCUUCGUCACCGUGCUCCUCCUCCUGUCCUUUGACUUCUGGUCUGUGAAGAACGUAACCGGGAGACUCAUGGUGGGCCUCCGCUGGUGGAACCAGAUAGAUGAAGAUGGGAAAAGCCACUGGAUUUUUGAAGCCAGAAAGGCCUCUCCGAAUCAGAUCGCUGCCACAGAGGCUGAAGCUCGCAUCUUCUGGCUCGGCCUCAUCAUCUGCCCGCUCAUUUGGAUCGUGUUCUUCUUUAGCACCUUAUUCUCCUUGAAGCUCAAGUGGCUGGCCCUUGUGAUAGCUGGGAUUUCUCUCCAAGCCGCUAACCUGUAUGGCUACAUCCUUUGUAAAAUGGGAGGUGAGAGUGACAUCAGCAAAGUCACAGCCCGUUUUCUGUCCCCGACGGUGUUCCAGACGGCCAGCCCAAGUGACUUCCAGAAGCCUGGCCUUGAGGGGCUGGAGAUUCACAAGCAUUAGGCAUCUCUUUGGAGGCCACAGUGGCUGAAGCAAGAGGUUCGGUCCUUAAAAAAGCUUCCAGCAGAGAAGAGUUCCCUGACCAACAAGCUGUUGGUUUCCCGGAAGCAGGCCUUGGGGGAGAGGUUUGAGGAGACAUUUUUAUUCUUAAGACAACAUGUUUGUAAAGAAUGCCUUUAUAUAUGUCGAAAAGUGUAAAUACUACAAUUAAAGUGUCUCUGCAAAAAUGACUUCACACCCUAGCAGAAUCU